AUGAAUUUAAAAAGUGGGUUUCUAGGAAGGGCAAGGACGACGUCGACAAACUUUGCAUUCUUGUUUCUGGUAAAAGUGGCGUGGCCAUCGAAGGUCCAGCGAAAACUCAAAAACGACAUUGGGGUUGUUUUGUGGGAUUCUCCAGGCCUACAGGAUGGUUCAUUUGACGAAGAAAAGUAUCUCGAAGACAUGGAAAAGCAGCUUCAUGAAGACCUCGAUGUUAUGAUAUACUGUAUCAAGAUGGACGACAAGCGUUUUCUUAAAUCUGAAGAAAAUGCCAUUCACGCUCUCACCCGGAAGUUUGGAAAGGACUUGUGGAAAAAUGCUGUGAUAGCGUUAACUUUUGCCAAUAACGUUAAGGAUCCCGAUGGAAGAAAUAAUGAGGAAUUCUUCUGUCGCGAUUUUUCCCACUGGAGAGAAGAAAUAGUUAAAUUUUUUUUUAGGCAUUCCGGAAUUCUGCUCAAACGAAACAGCAGAUAUUCCUCUUGUCCCGGUGGGACGUAUUAG